AUGUUGGCCCGGAUAGAGCAUGGCGCCAACUUGAUCACCAUACCGGCCGGACAUGCCAUGGAUGCCCUCUGCUACGUCCUUGGCGAGAUGACGGAUUUGCAGGCCAAGUUGGCGACGCGACGACCGACAAUGGACAUUGGAGGAGUUGUCGCCACGGUCGUGUAUCAAGGUGGCAUCUCAGACACGGGCAAGGGCUUUUACUGGGAAGUAAAUGGGACCAAAGGAAAUCUUGUGCUCGAGGGACCCAACGGCCAUAUUCAAAUGUUCCACCCGACGAUCAAGUUUGUGAAAGCAGGCGCUGGCGCUGCACAGCUGAAAGAGAUCGACGUGGAACCAGCCACGGACUUUGCGUACAAUGUGGGAAAGGCUUGGGAUGCGGUCAUGGGUGAAGGAGAUGGCAGUGUAGUGACUUUUGAAGAUGCAUUGCUUAGGCACCGCAUGAUUGACGCGAUGUACCGUAGUAACGAAAAAGGGACACGCGAGUCAUACCUUUGA